GUUCGGCCGCGCGCAGGCGCUGCCGGGUGGUGCUGCCGCGGGCCCGGCGCCGGCUGGAGCGGAGGGUCCUGCUCCGGUGCCCCCGGCCCGGCCAUGGGGGACGUGAAGAACUACCUGUACGCCUGGUGCGGCAGGAGGAGGGUGAUGCCGGUCUACGAGAUUCGCGCCGCUGGCGGCCGUGGCCGGCAGACCUUCCUCUGCGAGGUCCGAGUGGAAGGCUUCAACUAUGUCGGCAUGGGCAACUCUACCAACAAGAAGGAUGCGCAGAGCAACGCUGCCCGAGACUUCAUCAACUACUUAGUGCGGGUGAAUGAAAUGAAGAAGGAUGAAAUUCCUGCUUUUGGACCAGCAGCAGGUGAUAUCCCCACUGGAGGACAGGAAGCAGCUAGAGAUGUCACUGGUUCCAGUUCAGCUUCGGGGGGACCCCUUCCUCCACAUUUGCUUUUAAAAAGUGAAGUAGGCAACAGACCAGGUGCAGCACCUGGAAACUGUGGCAGUCAUGGAGCUCAGUGGGAUCGGGGUGCAAACUUGCAAGAUUAUUAUUCAAGGAAAGAGGAGCAAGAAGUGCAGGAGACCUCAGAGUCAGAAGUGGACUUAAAUGCCGAUCUUCAUGGGGGUUGGACCUUGGAAAAUGCCAAGGCACGUCUGAACCAGUUUUUCCAAAAGGAGAAGAUCCAGGAAGAAUAUAAAUACAUUGAAAUGGGGCCUGAUCACAACAGGAGCUUUAAUGCAGAAAUGAACAUUUAUGUGAAGCAGCUGGGCAGAAGGAUUUUCAGUCGCGAGCACGGAUCAAACAAAAAGCUGGCAGCACAGUCCUGUGCCCUUUCCCUGGUCAGACAGCUCUACCACCUUGGUAUCAUUGAGCCUUACUCUGGGCAGACGAAGAAGAAAGGAGAAUUGUUGGAACCCUAUGAGGUGUUGUUGUCUUCUGACUUAGAAAAUCAUCUGCAAAAGACUAUACAGGAACUGUCCCUGGAGAUUGUGCCUUUGCCUGAAGAUCCCAGUGAUCCAGUUCUGAUCAAUGUUGGAAAGUUGGCCCAUUUUGAACCAUCGCAGAGACAAAGUCAUAUGGGAGUUGUUCCCUGGUCACCACCUCAUUCCAACUGGAACCCUUGGACUGGCUGCAAUAUUGAUGAAGGUCCUCUGGCAAAUCUCACUCCGGAGCAAAUAAGCAUGGAUCUGAAAAGUGAUUUCAUGUACCGUCUGGAGCGGGAUCAGGAAUUACAGAGGAUCCAAGAAGAGAGAGAGGCCUUACCUCUGAAGAAUUUUGAAAGUGAAAUUCUGGAUGCCAUCCAUCACAAUUCUGUUGUUGUCAUCCGUGGCGCCACUGGUUGUGGCAAAACCACCCAAGUGCCUCAGUACAUACUGGAUGAAUACAUCAGAACCAACCGAGCUGCUGAGUGCAACAUAGUGGUGACACAGCCCCGGCGGAUCAGCGCAGUUUCCGUAGCAGAGCGUGUAUCCUAUGAGAGGGGGGAAGAGCCGGGGCAGAGCUGUGGGUACAGCGUGCGGUUCGAAUCUGUGCUCCCUCGGCCACACGCCAGCAUCAUGUUCUGCACUGUAGGUGUUCUUCUGAGAAAGGUGGAGACUGGGAUCCGUGGCAUUAGUCACGUUAUUGUUGAUGAGAUCCAUGAGAGAGACAUUAAUACUGAUUUCCUUUUGGUGGUGCUGAGGGAUGUCAUUCAGGCGUAUCCUGAAAUCAGGGUUGUCCUCAUGUCUGCCACCAUCGAUACCAGUAUGUUUUGUGAAUACUUCUUCAACUGUCCCAUCAUCGAGGUCUACGGGAGAACCUUUCCCGUCCAAGAUUAUUUUCUGGAAGACUGUAUUCAAAUGACUCAAUUUGUCCCUCCACCAAAGGAAAAGAAGAAGAAAGAGAAGGAUGAAGAAAGUGGUGAAGAUGACGAUGCCAACUGCAACCUUAUUUGCAGUGAUGAAUAUGGCCCAGAAACAAAGCACUCCAUGGCUCAGCUGAAUGAGAGAGAAACUUCUUUUGAACUCAUUGAGGCCCUGCUGAUUUAUAUCAGGACUCUGAAUGUCCCAGGAGCUGUCCUUGUUUUCUUGCCUGGCUGGAACUUAAUCUAUACAAUGCAGAAGCAUCUAGAAAUGAACACACGCCUUGGAGGCCACCAGUACAGGAUUUUACCUCUGCAUUCCCAGAUUCCUCUGGAGGAGCAGCGUCGAGUGUUUGAUCCUGUGCCUCCUGGAGUGACCAAAGUUAUUUUAUCUACCAGUAUUGCUGAAACCAGCAUUACCAUCAAUGAUGUGGUCUUUGUUAUCGACUCUUGCAAGCAAAAAGUGAAGCUGUUCACUGCUCACAACAACAUGACAAACUAUGCCACGGUCUGGGCAUCAAAAACCAAUUUGGAGCAGCGGAAAGGCAGAGCUGGACGCGUGCGAGCUGGGUUCUGUUUCCAUUUGUGCAGCAGAGCUCGCUUUGAGAGGCUUCAGACUCACAUGACGCCUGAAAUGUUUCGAACACCACUUCAUGAAAUUGCUUUGAGCAUCAAACUGCUCCGGCUGGGAGGGAUUGGGCAGUUUUUGGCCAAAGCCAUUGAGCCGCCCCCUCUGGAUGCUGUGAUUGAAGCGGAACGCAUGCUGAGAGAGCUUGAUGCCCUGGAUACCAAUGACGAGUUGACACCUCUUGGAAGAAUCCUGGCCAAACUUCCCAUUGAACCUCGUCUGGGCAAGAUGGUGAUCAUGGGCUGUAUUUUUUAUGUGGGAGAUGCUGUUUGUACCAUCUCUGCAGCUACCUGUUUCCCUGAACCUUUCAUCAAUGAAGGCAAACGCCUGGGUUAUGUCCAUAGGAAUUUUGCUGGGACCAGGUAUUCAGAUCAUGUAGCUUUGCUCUCUGUCUUCCAAGCCUGGGAUGAUGCAAGAAUGGGUGGUGAAGAAGCAGAGAAAAGAUUUUGUGAACACAAAAGACUCAGCAUGGCCACUCUUAGAAUGACUUGGGAAGCAAAAGUCCAGCUGAAAGACAUACUUAUUAGUUCUGGCUUUCCUGAAGAAUGUUUGAUGACUCAACCGUUUAAUAACACUGGCCCUGAUAACAACCUGGAUGUUGUAAUCUCCCUGCUGGCUUUUGGGGUCUACCCCAACAUCUGCUACCACAAGGAGAAGAGGAAAAUUCUUACCACUGAGGGGCACAAUGCUCUCAUCCACAAGUCAUCUGUCAACUGCCCUUUCAGCAGCCAGGACAUCAAGUAUCCAUCGCCCUUCUUUGUUUUUGGAGAGAAGAUUCGAACACGAGCCAUCUCUGCCAAAACCAUGACCUUGGUGAGCCCACUGCAGCUGCUUCUCUUUGCUUCCAAAAAAGUCCUGUCAGAUGGGGAGCUCAUUCUGGUGGAUGACUGGAUCAAGCUGAAGAUGCCGCACGCAGCAGCCGCCUGCAUCACUGCUCUGCGUGCUGCCAUGGAAGCCCUUGUGGUGGAAGUGACCAAAGAUCCUGGGAUCAUCCGGCAGCUGGACCCCAUGCACGAGCGGAUGCUGAACGUGAUCCGGCAGCUGUCCCGGCCGGCGGCCGCAGGGAUGGCACUCAUGGCCGCCAGCACCAGGUUCGGGGAUGGCCCCCGCCCACCCAAGAUGGCUCGUUAUGACAACGGUGGUGGCCUCCGAGGCUGGGGAGGUUACACGCGCAGCUCUGGCCACAGGAGCAGAGGCUACGGUGGCUAUGGCUACUCCAGCUGGCAGUCGGCGGGAAAAGGAUACCCAGUUUGGGCCCAGGAACAACCUAUGGGAGAGUCAGCAGGGAUGGACAUUGGAAGAUGUGCUAUAGCAUUAGCCACCUUCCCUUUGCACAUCUGUAGUCUCUUCAUCCAGACAAAACCAGCUCUCCUUGGCUUGCCCCUCACACGUGGUGUUCUCAGUGAUGUUACUAGCACCAAACUGGAAGCAUGAAGCAGAAGUCCAGUGGUUUUAAAGAUAACUAUACUUAAUUUUAGUAUCAAACGCACAAAUCUGGAGUAUGAUCUAAUAUCUGUUAAAGCUUUCUAAUUUCCUCUGACUGUUAUGGGUCAGAAUUUAAACAGGAGGCAAGAGAUGGGUGCAAGGUGAGGAAGUAGAAUAGGAUACCCUGGAUUAUCAAGUAUAUGUACAAUAUUUAUGAUAUUAGGGGAAAAUGGUUCUACUAGCAUAUUUGAUGUUAUGUCCUAGCUAAAGAAAUUCCCUUUUUAGAGUACAGUUGAUCUUUCUCUGGUCUAUUUACAGAAUUGUUUCUAAUUUGUAAUUGUAAAGCUAUUAUUUACUAUUGCUGGGAAAAAAGAUUUUAAAAUGUUGCCAUUAAUACGCUACUGGUUGUUCUGGGAGGUCUCGCUGAUUCUGGUACUGAUGCAGUGAUGAAUUUUGUAGCUCCUCAAGACAUCUGCGCCUCUUGGGUACAGUUCAACACCACAGCCCUGUUCAUUCACAUAAAGAUCUAAUUUGAGUGCUCCUCGGGGUGUCCUGUGCAAGGCCAGGAAUUUGGCUUGGUGAUCCUUCCAGCUCAGGAUACCCUAUUAUACUAAUUUCAUGUUGCUUUUAAGAACUGGUAAAAAAGUUAAUAAGCUCUUAAGGGAACACCCAGGUGUUAAAAAAAGUGAAAGUGUGUCUGGGAGCUCAGCCGCAGGUUGUGGAGGGAGAAGGAUCCAUGGACUUUUUAGCAUCUACAAAUCACAACUGAUGGUUUUAUUUAUGUGCUUAGUGCUUUACAUAUUAAGGAGUGUCAAGCAUGAAAGUCCUGCUAAUAACAUUCAGUCUGGUUUUUAAUAUCUAAUCCAUCAUGGCCAGUUAAGUGGGGAAGCAAUAAUCCUUGCCUGCACUUGAUGAAUAGCACAGUCUAAACAAGGACUGACAUGCUAGUGAGGAGCUUAAACAGCUGGGAUACAGAAAACCAAAAAUUAACUUGAAAUGACAUGUACAUUCUCCCAGUAAAAACGAAGCCUGCAGUGAGUUUUCUGUGCCAGUGCAUGGAUCUGUGCUUUGCUUCAAAAAGCCAGAGUGCCAGAGCACUCAUGGCUCUUGUGCG